GUUCGUUGGUACAGUCCAUGAUGGCUACUGCAAAAAAGAUCAUCACUCCAAUUAUAAAGGACACCACUGUACCGAUUGCACAACAAGAUAUUGCCUCAGCUACUGACACUGCUAAGCAAGUCAAUCCUUUAGCUAUGCAAGAUGGAUCAGAACCAGCCAUAGAGGAGACCGUAGAUAAUAUGCCGGUGUCAACAGAGACAGACACGGAGAUGGAGACAGAGACAGAGAUGUUGCCCCAAAGCCGCAAGGAAUUACAGCAACAGAUAUGGAAAGUAACACGGAGACAGCCAUGAUAGAAACUGAAACAUUGAGCUCAAAGGCAACUACGGUCUCCGAUCUGGAAAAAAAGACCCCAACAAGUACCUCAGAAGCCACAACUAAAGCUGUAGGCGAUCUUAUCGUAGCAUCGGAAAAAGCAGUUACAACAGCUGUGCAAGAGCCUUCGGUAGCCACGAAGCAAAAUGAGGCGUCGAUGACCCCAAAAGAACAUCAAGUCAGUGUGGAAGAAACGAUCAAUGGCCUAUCUGACAAACAAGCUUUAUCCCCUGCAGAACAAAAAGCCGACACGCAUGUAGACCAAGAUAUGGAUAUCACGGAAGACCUUGGUGAAAUGGAUAAGGAUAGACUCGGAUACCAACGUGUGGACUCCACAGAGGAUGUUGUCGAACAAGAAGAUGAGAGACUUGGAGACCGAAAUAUGGCAUCAGCGGAAAAAGUCCAAUGCCAGGUUAAUAGGGAUAUGAUACCCACCGAAGAAGCCGAGAGUCUUGCCGACAAAGAUAGAUUAUCAGCAGAAAAGGUCCACAGCCAGGUUGAUAAGGAUAUAGCACCCAUCGAAGAAGUCGAGAGUCUUGCCAACAAAGAUAUGGUAUCGGCGGAAAAGGCUGAUAGCCUUGUGGACAAUGAGAUGCGAUCCGCAGACAAGGUCGAUAUCUCUGCGGAUGAUACAGAUAUGGUACUCACAAAAGGCCUUACCGACGAAGUGGAAGAAAAAGUCGAUAGGCUUGCCGACAAAGAAAUGGAAAUUACAGAAGACAUUGUUAUGGAAGAACCUGAAGAUGGCAUAGAGAUCAAUUCGAGCAACGACGAACAGGUGGUUUUUGACGAGGCAUUUCCUGAGGAUACUACAUUGGACUGGAACGAACAAGUCAAAAGCAUUGAAAUGAUCGUUCGUUCGCCGACCCAAGAUAAAGCACUUUAUGGCGUAAUACGAUGGUAAGUUGAUAGGCUGCAUGGGACAUCCACUUGUUGGAAAUACCACAUCAUUUGACAUUUAAUUAUAUCUAUAGGCAAAACGAAAUGUUAUCAAUGCAUCCCCUCACCCUUCUUUCCGAAAAAUGUCCAAACAAGUUGCUCGAAUUCUAUGAACGAAAA